AUGGACAUUUUCUCUGAAGUCAGCGCGCCUGCUGUAGCCAUGGCAUCCGCCUUGUCGGUGGCCGCUGGUGCUUAUCUGAAUGCGAAGCUUGCCAUUGCCACUGAUUUGCGAACAAUAUACAGCGACAAUGCUACUACGAAGCGGCUAAACCAGCGCAUUUCUGAGCUCGACGGCUCAACAACCAUCUACAAGAUACUCGAGCGGGCGGUGGAGGUUGAAGGACGGGCUGCCACCGAUGCGCUCUGGUUUGAGCAGAAGACGUGGUCAUACAGUCAACUGAAAGACUUGGUCGAUAGAAUGGCUGCUCUUUUGAAGAGCCGUGAUAUCAACCCCGGUGAUACAGUAGGUGUUUUCACCACCAAUUCACCGGAGAUGGUCGUGACUGUGUAUGCUUUGUCAAAAUUGGGUGCUGUAGCAGCAAUGAUCAACACCAACCUGCGAGACGAUACUUUUAUCCAUUGCGUCAACGUCUCCGGCUCUAAGUUGAUCAUCUCAUCAGCAGAUUUGUCUCAAGAUGUCUGCGUCGACCUACCACACUUCACACUCAACCUGGACUCAUUCGAAGGUGCCGAAACAGAUCCAGUCGAGCUGAUCUCCUCGGAAACUCUGCAGCAAUUCUCUCCGUCAGGACUUGCAGCAGCCAAGCGCAGCCCAAAAGACCCCUCCCUCAUGAUCUACACAUCGGGAACAACCGGAAAACCCAAAGCCUGCGCGAUCCGCAACAUGCUAACCUUGAUCACCUCCACCCCGCUCUCAGCGGACGCCAACAACCCCUCAAAGUACCACCCAUUCCGCGUUUACUCUCCUCUCCCCCUCUUCCACGGCACGGCCUUCUUCACCGGCCUAUGCACCGCCCUCGGUAACGGAGGCACAUUAUGCCUUGGGCGAAGAUUCUCCGCCUCACGGUUCUGGAAGGAGGUACACGACUCAGGUGCAACCCGCAUACUCUACAUCGGCGAGUUAUGCCGGUAUCUUCUCGCAACACCGCCAUCACCGUACGACCAGGACCACAAGUGCAUCGUGGCGAGCGGGAACGGGCUGCGCGGGGAGAUAUGGGAGAAGUUCCGUAAGCGCUUCAACGUGCCUGAGAUCCGCGAGUUCUACCGCUCAACCGAGGGGGUCGCCAAAUUCGACAACCACGGUGUUGGAGCUUGGGGGGCGGGCAAAGUCGGGUUUUCUGGGCCCAUCCGCCGCUUCUUGGAAGAUGAUACUUUCGUCGUCAAGUAUGAUACCGAUACGGAGAUGCCGUACCGUGAUCCUGUCACUGGAUUUUGUGUGAGGGCUGCUCUCGGACAGGAGGGUGAGGUAAUUGGGCGCGUCCGGGACCGUGGGAUGAUGAUUGAGUACCUGGGUAAUGAGGGUGCGACGGAAGAGAAGCUUCUGCGUGAUGUGUUUCGGAAGGGGGAUCUGUUCCAGCGGACUGGUGACCUGGUUGUUCAGGAGAAAUCUGGGUGGGUGAAGUUUCAGGACCGGGUUGGUGACACUUUCCGCUGGAAGGGUGAGAACGUUAGCGCAGGAGAGAUUCGGGACCAUAUUUGCCGGAUUGAAGGUGUCCAUGAUGCUGUGGUAUAUGGUGUAAAGUUGAGUGGGUAUGAUGGUCAAGCUGGAGCCGCUGGUAUCACGCUGGUAUCCCCAGCAGAUGAGACAGAAUUGAUGUCGACCUUGUACAAGGCACUCAGGAAGAAGGGUGUUCCUUCGUACGCUUUGCCUCGACUGGUCCGACUUACUGAGAAGGUUGCCACAGGUGUCACUUUCAAGCAGGCUAAAGGUGAUCUGGCGAAGAAGGGCUGGAAUCCUCGCCAGCAUUGUGGCGGUGAUAUUUUGUACUGGUUGGAUGGCACAAAGUAUCAAAAGUUGGAAGAACAAAGUUGGGCAGAGAUUGAGAAUGGCAAAGCCAAAAUCUGA